AUGGGUCUGAGGGAAUAUUUGCGGUUAGCGAGAAUCGUGGUGGACGCGUAUAGGCUCGGGGAGAAGGGCGUGCGAUGGGCACUGCUUUCAUUCGAGAAUGCCGCCAAAAUGCUGUACCCCAUACCAUCCCCCCCUCUCUCUCCCCGCUCUCCUUUCACCCCCACCUGUAGGUACGUGAUGGGAGACGACGACACGUUCUUCAGCCCGCAUGCCAUCACAGCAUUCCUUGGGCAAUACGACCACCGCACACCCCUCUACCUUGGAGCACCUUCUGAGACGCACUACCAGAACGUGGCCAACACGCAUGGCAUGGCGUUUGGUGGCGGAGGUUUCGCCAUUUCUGCAGCGCUGGCACGCAUGCUGAGUGAGGGCGGGGCCAUGGACGCGUGCUUGGAGCGGCAUGCCACCGUGUGGGGGAGCGAUGAACGGGUCGCCAGCUGCGUGGGCGAGCUUGGGCCCAUCUCGGCAGCGCUGGCGCGCAUGCUGAGUACAGAUGGGGCCAUGGACGCGUGCUUGGAGCGACACGCUGCAGUCUGGGGGAGCGAUGAACGUGUCGCCAGCUGCGUGGGGGAGCUAGGGAUUGGAGGGGGCGGGUUCGCCAUCUCGGUAGCGCUGGCGCGCAUGCUGAGUACAGAUGGGUCCAUGGACGUGUGCUUGGAGCGACACGCCCCUGUGUGGCGAGAAUUGUGGGUGAGUGCUUGCAUUGCAGAGACAGGGGGCAUAUCUCAUGUGGGGCGGCAUACCUCACCGGGCUUCCACCAGAUCGACCUGGACGACAGUCUCUUGCUUCCACCAGAUAGAUCUGGGCGGGAGUCUCUUUGGGCUCCUCAUGGCGCACCCCCUGCACCCGCUGCUUUCCCCCCAGCCCCACACCUUGACUCCAUUCCCCCUCUGCUCCCCCCCCUCCCCCAGGUGUCCCUCACACCAACCCCGGGCUUCCACCAGGUAGAUCUGGGCGGCAGUCUCUUCGGGCUCCUCAUGGCGCACCUGCUACAGCCGCUGCUGUCCCUGCACCAUCUUGACUUUGUUGACCCGCUGCUGCUGCCAGCUGGCACCGCUGACCGGGCGGAGGGGCUCGCCGCGCUGGCGGAGAGGAUGAGGCCGGACCCAGUAGGGUUUGCACAGCUGGCAGUGUGCGGCGACGGGUAG